ACGAUGCCCGCCUUCGCCCUCGCGCACGCCCUCGCGUCCGCGCCGCUCGCGAUCCGCCGCCGCGAUCGCGCCGCCGCGGUCGCGCGCGCUCCCUCCUCCUCCGCGCCCGCCGCCGUCGUCCGAUCGCGCGCGACGACGACGAGGAGGCGAUCUGGUGGCGUUCGAUGCGACGCCGCGGGCGGCGACGAGGCCGCGUCGUCCUCCUCCAAGAAGGACGUGGACUGGGAGCAGAAGACGCGCGAGAUGACCGCGGAGAGAGUCAUGGAGGCGUGCAUGGAGGCUAUGGCCGAGGGCGACGAGUCCAAGCUCGACGCGUGCUUGCUCGAGCUCGAAGACCCGACCGCGAAGAGAGGCGUCGUGGACGAUCUUCUGGAUCGAAAGAAGGGCGAGGGCGACGAGUUUUGGGCGGCCAAGCUGCGCGCGAUCGCGGCGGAGCGCGUGCUCGAGAACUGCAUGGAGGCGGUGAUGGACGGCGACGUGGACGAGAUCGAGGACUGCAUGCUCGACGCGCAGAACGACGACCUGCUGGGCGUGGACAUGUCCACCGCGGAGGACGGGAGCACGACGUUCAAGUUCUAAACGAGAGAGAGCGAGCGGGGACGCCUCGGCGGCGGGACCGUACCCACCUUUGCCAGCUGUGUGAGAGAAGAUGAGCGUGCCAUUCAUCACAAAUAUCU